AUGUUAAUUCAGCGCGUGUUAUUGGUGGUCACAGCGCUUUGCUGGUCAUUUCAUGCGGCAAACGGAGAUACAAAGCCCGAAAAACUCACAAGCUUUCGUCCCAUCACACAGGCUGAGUAUGAGGCAAUACUCAGCCUAACUGAUGGUGAGACGGUUGUAUCGGAGGGUCGUCUCAUAAAUGGUGGCCUCGCGGCAUUGGCCGGUUUGACAACGGGCUGGGUUACGAGUUUGCGUUUUCCUAACAUCUUCGGUUCCUUUAUGCCGGCGCAAAAAUCACCGAACGCCAGUUAUCCACUUUGUGUCAUAAGAACUGAAGAAAGUCCAGAGAGCCAGCAUCAUCACGAGUAUCAUGGCUACCAUGAGCAUCACAACCGACAAGGCCGCUCAGACGACAGUGAGAGUCAUGAAAGUUCGGAGGAUGACUACUAUCAUUAUGUUCAACAACAGUACCAUGAAGAUCACUCGCAUGAAGACCAUAGCGGGGAACAUUUUAGUAGCAUUGAAAUACCGUGGAAUAUGAACAAGUUGGCACCGGUCGUAAAUUGUAUUGUGGUGCUGAGAGAAGAUGAGAAUCAUGGUGAUGAUGACGAUCAGCAUUAUCAUCACACUACAACUAAGCGACCGAAACGGAAGCGCAGGAAACAUAGACCAUACCCGGUGUUACUGCCAGUGGCCCCACCAACUCAAUAUGCACCUCAACAUCAAGCACCACCGCCUCCACCACCAUCACCAGCUGUUGCGUAUCCAUACUCGGCAGCGCAGAGUCCUUACUCGCCUUACGGUAGUUAUAACAAUCCCUGGUAUUGGCAAACACCUUACUACAAUCCGUAUUCCAGCGAGCCGACAACUUUUACUGCCUAUCCAGAUAUUUACGCAACAAAUAAUCCAGGCCCUAAUACUCGCAGUUACCCAAGCGCCUAUUCUGGCCCUUUUGCCUCCUCUCCCGCAAGCAAUAAUCCUGGUCCUUAUUACGACGCCACUCCAGGCGCCUAUUCAGAUCCUCCCCCAAGCGCUUACCCAAGCGAUUCUUACAACCCUCAGCCAAGCAGCUAUACAAGCCAUUAUUCCAAUCAGAGGGUAGCUGUAAAUCGCGAAAGUCCUUCGCAAAACUCUGAACCCAGCUACAACUAUGGUCCACCACCCAACAGAGGCAGUUUUGUGGCAUUAGACCAAGAACCCUACAAAAAUUAUUACGAUGAACGCAUUAGGGAGAACCAUAAGACUUCAGCAAAGCCUAAAAAGUCAGCCUCAGCUUCAAAAAUGCCGAAAAUUAACAAAAAACCGAAAGCGAAGUCUACCGCCAAACCACGACUACCAAAUGAUCACAUAGACUCAGCGUCGACGUCAACCAAAAUUCCAAUUAGAGGAAGGCAUACAAAAGUGAAACGCGACGAGAGCGGCAUACAAACUCGUUCGUAUGCGAAGAUCGCAAGUUAUUCGGAAAGCGGCUACCAGCCCACGCUAUACCCACAAUAUAACUAUCAGUCCAGUUACCCGAAGGUAUCAUACACCCACGCUCUGCCCUACCCAGCUCCCGUUUAUGUGAGAAAUAGCAUUGAGCAGCUGUCUACAGCGCCGAACACGAAGCAAUACCGAGCAUACGCGAAUGACGCCGAGAACGAGGGCUAUCUGUCGGAGCACAUGCAAGCAAGAAGAAAAGUCUAG